UAUUUUCUGCCCUUCCAUUGCCUGCUUUCUCUGCUUCCCUUUUCAUGUUUUCUCGAUUCUUCAUUGCCCCUUUUCAAUGUUUUAUCUGAUGGGUGUCCUUUUGCUCUAUAUUUUUCAUUUCAUUGUUCUCUAAUCGUCGCCAAUGCUUGCCAAUUUAUGUUGAAUUUCGUCUUAAUUUCUGAUUUUCAUUCUUUUUUCUUCUUCUUUCAUUUGACUUCAUGUUGUGUCAACUAACUUCAUUGUGUCGAAGUGGGAAAACCUGAUUCCUUAAGUUGUUCCAACUUUUGGAGUUUGAUAGUGCUAUUUCCAUGCUUGAAGAAUGUCACUGGAUCUAGGAUAGAUCUGUAUCUCUUAUGUUACAAACCCAGUUCAAUUUAAUGGACCUAAGCCUUUGGAUUGAUGGGGUGAUUUAGUUUUCAAUUUGAACUCUUGUAUUCUCGUUUUCUUCUCAAUUAAUAUUGAUUUCUCCAACUUGGGCUUUCUACAAGUUUCCUACCCUACAAGUAGAGAAGUGUUGAAGUAUUGAUAUAAUUAAAUUGUCAGCUUAAAUGUUUGGAUUGAUUGGCGAUUUAACAACUAAGAUCCAAAAUGAUAAUUCGAACCUGGUUCGGGUGCACACAAGGCGGCAAGAUCCAAAUUGAUGAUGCCGGAGGUUGUUUCAAGACCUACGUAGGGAAGAGAGGAAGGAUGUCGACUGGAAACACCCAUUGGUGUUACAGAUGUGAACAGCCAGUUCGACUUCGUGGGCGAGACAUGAUUUGCCCUAGCUGUAAUGGAGGAUUUGUUCAAGAACUCGAUGAAAUGAUGGAAAGAAGUCCCUUUGAUUUAUUUGAAGCCAGUGGUAAUGAAUACCAAAAUCGCAGGCUCGGACUCUUGGAGCUUUUCUCAAACUUUAUGAGGCAACGAAUGGUAGACAGAAAUGAUAUGAGGGGAAGGUUGGAGUCAAUUCCAGAUCAUGGUCCAGGAUUUGGCCCUUGGUUGAUCUUUGGUGGCCAAAUUCCUGUCAGAAUGUCUGGACAUGGUGGGUUUGAAGCGUUUUUUAAUGGGGUUCCUGGAAUUGGUGUGAGUAGGAGCAAUGGUGGUGAUUAUUUUAUUGGUCCUGGACUUGAAGAAUUGUUCGAACAGCUUUCAGCAAACGAUCGGCGAGGGCCACCCCCAGCAUCUAGAUCUUCAAUUGAUGCAAUGCCUGUUGUUAAAAUCACGCAAAGACACAUCCGUUCCAAUUCACACUGUCCUGUUUGCCAAGAUAAAUUUGAAUUAGGUUCUGAAGCAAGGCAAAUGCCAUGUGAUCAUAUGUAUCAUUCAGAUUGUAUUGUUCCCUGGCUAGUCCAGCACAACUCCUGCCCUGUUUGCCGCCAAGAACUGCCUGCACAAGGAUCGGUUAGUAGCCAUAGCUCGUCUGGAAGCAACAAUUCUAGUCGAAAUAGCCGAGACAGGGAGAAUAGUAGGACGAGUCAAGGAAGGAGGAAUCCAUUUACAAGUAUUUGGCCAUUCCGAGCAUCAAGUUCAAACUCUAAUCAUGGUGCUACCACAGGAAGCAGCUCACCAGCCCUACAUGAGAGCAACCAACACCAAACAGGGUAUUACGGAUGGCCUUUCGACUAGCAUCAACUAAACUUAUUUGCACCAGUUUGUGAUUGUUAUUUAGCAUGAUGAAAAUAGUUCAACCCCCUGCAGUCCACUCCUUUGUAUAAUGGAUAAUAAUGGACUUCCUGUGUGAUGUAGAUGACAUUUUUCUAUGCCUUAUCGAUGUUGCUGGAGUUUGUAUAUUCUUCAUAUAUAUAUUAGCAUGGUGUUUGGUUCUAGAGUUGCAGGCGAUCCGGAAAUCUGUCUGUUCAAGUGAGCAUUGCUGCAUCUUCUUCAAAUGGAAGUUAAAAGGUGCAAAACUGGCUACUCUAGUCUCUACUCAAAUUGAAAUUGACCAUGUUUUCCAUUGUA